AUGGAGGACACCGACAGCCAAGGCGACGCCGACGGCCGGCUCGAGCCGUGGAACUGGGGCGUCGAGGACCCGGACUGGGCCUGGAGCACCACACACAAGUCGCCUGAAGUGGUGCUGCUUGGACCUCGGCAGGCGCAGUUCCACCCCCGUUGGAGCAGCGGCACGGCGGGAGUGCGGAGCGCGCGUCCGUUGGCGCGGGACCGACGCAGCUACUGGGAAGUUCGCGUCUCGCACCGCGUCUUCGGCACCAGCAUGAUGUGGGGCUUGUGCACGUCACAGGCACGGAUGCACGCCAACGCCUUCGUCGACCUACUCGGGCAAGAUCGCCAUGGAUGGGGACUCUCACACAAGGGCUUGCUGUGGCACGACGGCCGCUGGCGAUCCUUCACGCGGCCAUUCCGGGAGAACGAGCCGACUGUGCUGGGUCUGCUGUUCGACGGGCGACGCGGCACGCUCACGUACUACAAAGACGGCGUGUGUCUAGGUGUCGCCUUCCGCGAACUGCACCGCGUGCGUGAGCCCCUCUACCCGGCAGUCUCGUCAACCGCGGCCAAGACCGAGAUGUGUUUGGCCAACACGCGAAGGGACUACGCCGGCCUGCAGGACCGGUGCCGUGCAGUGAUCCUGCGGCGAACUGCGGGUCCAGAUGCCGUGCGGGAGCUGAGGCUGCCACCACGGCUGCAACGAUACCUGCUACAUGAAGAGGACAUAUGAGGGCCAUUUAUCCUGCCGUCACAAUAUACUCUAGUCAUGACGGCCUCACUAGUCCCGUGUGCAAACCUGCUGCCAAAUGCUCCCACUAGUCAAUAGGGAAUUCUGACAGUUGGUCCCAUAGAAACAUUUAAUGCAAUGCCUUCCUAUUUUCAGAUGUUA